GGUGCGGGGUCCGCGCUGCGAGGCUAGCGGGGGUGGAGCCCGCGCCCGGCUGCCCCCGGAAGGCCGCCUAUUUAGGGCGCAGGGGCGGCGGACGGGAGCGGCAGGGGUGCGCCGAUGGCUGCUCUGGGGGACGAGGUGCUGGACGGUUACGUGUACCCGGCGUGUGCCCUUUACUCGUACCCGUGCCCCUACCCGGCCGCCGCCAAGGGCAAGGGCGCGGUGGGCGGCGGAGGCUGGCGCCCCCAGCCGGGCAAGGAGCGCCUGCGUUUCCAGUUCUUAGAGCAGAAAUAUGGCUACUAUCACUGCAAGGACUGCAACAUCCGAUGGGAAAGUGCCUACGUGUGGUGUGUGCAGGGCACUAACAAGGUUUACUACAAGCAGUUCUGCAGAACAUGUCAGAAGUCUUAUAACCCUUACCGAGUGGAGGAUAUCGUGUGUCAAAAUUGUAAACAGACUAGAUGCUCCUGCCCGGUAAAACUGCGCCACGUGGACCCCAAAAGGCCCCAUCGUCAAGACCUGUGUGGGAGAUGCAAAGGCAAACGCCUAUCCUGCGACAGCACUUUCAGUUUCAAAUACAUAAUUUAAAUGAAUGUGAAAAAACCAAAACCCUGGUCCUGCUGAACGUGUGCUCGUGGAGCAGACAAGUGAGCUUUUUUCCAUGCCCCUUCUCCUUCCUGCC